CAGAUGACGUUGCAGUCCGUCCACUAGUCUCUUCCGCCUUCAAAUCAGUUUUCCGUCCUCUGUGUCCCGGACGGCGAACAACUAUUCCUCCAACACCGUCUGCCGUAAUUUACUAACAACACAUUUACUACGAACAAGAUGAGUGAAGCUGUCGACACCUCGACGCUGUGUCUCUUCGAUGUGGACGGGACGCUGACUGCCGCUCGACAGGUAAGGAGACCAACGAUAGUUCCCCUGCUACAGUCCACUAACUCAUAGACAGGUAAGGAGACCAACGAUAGUUCCUACGGUGCUGCUAACGAUAGGUCCCCUGCUACAGUCCACUAACUCAUAGACAGGUAAGGAGACCAACGAUAGGUCCCCUGCUACAGUCCACUAACCACUAACUCAUAGACAGGUAAGGAGACCAACGAUAGGUCCCCUGCUACAGUCCACUAACCACUAACUCAUAGACUGGUAAGGAGACCAACGAUAGGUCCCCUGCUACAGUCCACUAACUCAUAGACAGGUAAGGAGACCAACGAUAGUUCCUACGGUGCUGCUAACGAUAGGUCCCCUGCUACAGUCCACUAACUCAUAGACAGGUAAGGAGACCAACGGUAGUUCCUACGGUGCUGCUAACGAUAGGUCCCCUGCUACAGUCCACUAACCACUAACUCAUAGACAGGUAAGGAGACCAAUGAUAGGUCCCCUGCUACAGUCCACUAACUCAUAGACGGGUAAGGACACCAACGAUAGGUCCCCUGCUACAGUCCACUAACCACUAACUCAUAGACAGGUAAGGAGACCAACGAUAGGUCCCCUGCUACAGUCCACUAACCACUAACUCAUAGACAGGUAAGGAGACCAACGAUAGGUCCCCUGCUACAGUCCACUAACCACUAACUCAUAGACAGGUAAGGAGACCAAUGAUAGGUCCCCUGCUACAGUCCACUAACUCAUAGACGGGUAAGGAGACCAACGAUAGGUCCCCUGCUACAGUCCACUAACCACUAACUCAUAGACAGGUAAGGAGACCAACGAUAGGUCCCCUGCUACAGUCCACUAACCACUAACUCAUAGACAGGUAAGGAGACCAACGAUAGGUCCCCUGCUACAGUCCACUAACCACUAACUCAUAGACAGGUAAGGAGACCAAUGAUAGGUCCCCUGCUACAGUCCACUAACUCAUAGACGGGUAAGGAGACCAACGAUAGGUCCCCUGCUACAGUCCACUAACCACUAACUCAUAGACAGGUAAGGAGACCAACGAUAGGUCCCCUGCUACAGUCCACUAACCACUAACUCAUAGACAGGUAAGGAGACCAACGAUAGGUCCCCUGCUACAGUCCACUAACCACUAACUCAUAGACAGGUAAGGAGACCAAUGAUAGGUCCCCUGCUACAGUCCACUAACUCAUAGACGGGUAAGGAGACCAACGAUAGGUCCCCUGCUACAGUCCACUAACCACUAACUCAUAGACAGGUAAGGAGACCAACGAUAGUUCCCCUGCUACAGUCCACUAACCACUAACUCAUAGACAGGUAAGGAGACCAACGAUAGGUCCCCUGCUACAGUCCACUAACCACUAACUCAUAGACAGGUAAGGAGACCAACGAUAGGUCCCCUGCUACAGUCCACUAACCACUAACUCAUAGACAGGUAAGGAGACCAACGAUAGGUCCCCUGCUACAGUCCACUAACCACUAACUCAUAGACAGGUAAGGAGACCAAUGAUAGGUCCCCUGCUACAGUCCACUAACCACUAACUCAUAGACUGGUAAGGAGACCAAUGAUAGGUCCCCUGCUACAGUCCACUAACCACUAACUCAUAGACCGGUAAGGAGACCAACGAUAGGUCCCCUGCUACAGUCCACUAACCACUAACUCAUAGACAGGUAAGGAGACCAAUGAUAGGUCCCCUGCUACAGUCCACUAACCACUAACUCAUAGACUGGUAAGGAGACCAAUGAUAGGUCCCCUGCUACAGUCCACUAACCACUAACUCAUAGACUGGUAAGGAGACCAACGAUAGGUCCCCUGCUACAGUCCACUAACCACUAACUCAUAGACCGGUAAGGAGACCAACGAUAGGUCCCCUGCUACAGUCCACUAACCACUAACUCAUAGACAGGUAAGGAGACCAACGAUAGGUCCCCUGCUACAGUCCACUAACCACUAACUCAUAGACAGGUAAGGAGACCAACGAUAGGUCCCCUGCUUCAGUCCACUAACCACUAACUCAUAGACAGGUCAAAUGGAUCAACGUUAACGUUAGUUCACACCUACCUGCAUUUGUCCAAUAGAAACUCUCGUUUUCUUUGCAAAACGUUUUCCAUUUGGAGUAAACUUUUUCUGUUGCAAAACGGCGUAAUGAAUACAACCCUGUUCACUGACCUAUAGACAGGUCAAAUGGACCAUUGUUAGAGAGCGUGUUAUGGUUUAGCUAUAGUAGUCCGUCACCGGGUGAAUGAUAUAUACUGUAUCCAUGGUAGAGGCAGGACUGUGUGUUGGGUGGGUGUCUGUCUGAUGGAUUGAAUGGUUGCUGAUACCACUUGAAUAGUUGCUGUAGCAACAGUGUACUAAUGUGUUCCAGAGGGUGACUCCUGGGAUGGAGGACUUUCUUCAGCGUCUGCGGCGGCGUGUUCGAGUCGGCGUGGUGGGGGGGUCGGACUUCAUCAAGAUCAAAGAACAACUGGGAGAUGACGGUGUGUGUCUGUGUGUGGGAGUUAAGGUGUGUCUGUGUGAGGGAGUUAAGGUGUGUCUGGUGUGAGGGAGUUAAGGUGUGUCUGUGUGUGAGGGAGUUAAGGUGUGUCUGUGUGUGAGGGAGUUAAGGUGUGUCUGUGUGUGAGGAGUUAAGGUGUGUCUGUGUGAGGGAGUUAAGGUGUGUCUGGUGUGAGGGAGUUAAGGUGUGGUGUCCUGUGUGAGUGAGUUAAGGUGUGUCCGUGUGAGGGAGUUAAGGUGUGUCUGGGUGUGUGGGGGAGUUUAAGGUGUGUCUGUGUGAGGGAGUUUAAGGUGUGGUCUGGUGUGAGGGAGUUAAGGUGUGGUCUGUGUGUGAGGGGGAGUUAUAGGUGUGUCUGGUGUGGUGAGGGAGUUAAGGUGUGUCUGGUGUGUGAGGGAGUUAAGGUGUGUCUGGUGUGUGAGGGAGUUAAGGUGUGUCUGGUGUGUGAGGGAGUUAAGGUGUGUCUGGUGUGUGAGGGAGUUAAGGUGUGUCUGUGUGUGGGGGGAGUUAAGGUGUGUCUGUUGUGAGGGAGUUAAGGUGUGUCUGGUGUGAGGGAGUUAAGGUGUGUCGUUGUGUGAGGGGAGUUAAGGUUGGUCCUGGUGUGUGGGGGAGUUAAGGUGUGUCGGGUUGUGGGGAGUUAAGGUGUGUCUGUGUGGAGGGAGUUAAGGUGUGUCUGUGUGAGUGGGAGUUAAAGGUGUGUCUGGUGUGUGGGGGAGUUAAAGGUGUGUCCUGUGUGAGGGAGUUAAGGUGUGUGUGUGUGAGGGAGUUAAGGUGUGUCUGGUGUGAGGGAGUUAAGGUGUGUCUGGUGUGUGAGGGAGUUAAGGUGUGUCUGGUGUGUGGGGAGUUAAGGUGUGUCUGGUGUGAGGGAGUUAAGGUGUGUCUGUGUGAGGGAGUUAAGGUGUGUCUGGUGUGAGGGAGUUAAGGUGUGUCUGGGGGUGGGGGAGUUAAGGUGUGUCUGUGUGUGAGGGAGUUAAGGUGUGUCUGGUGUGUGAGGGAGUUAAGGUGUGUCUGUGUGUGAGGGAGUUAAGUGUGUUGUUGGGGGAGUUAAGGUGUGUCUGGGGAGGGGUUAAGGUGUGUCUGGUGUGUGAGGGAGUUAAGGUGUGUCUGGUGUGAGGGAGUUAAGGUGUGUCUGGUGUGAGGGAGUUAAGGUGUGUCUGUGUGAGGGAGUUAAGGUGUGUCUGUGUGAGGGAGUUAAGGUGUGUCUGUGUGUGAGGGAGGUUAAGUGUGCGGUGGUGGGGUUAAGGUGUGUCUGUGUGAGGGAGUUAAGGUGUGGGGAUAUUUGGGGAGUUUCUCCCGUUCUUCUCUGCAGAUCCUCUCAAGCUCUGUCAGGUUGGAUGGGGAGCGUCGCUGCACAGCUAUUUUCAGGUCUCUUCAGAGAUGUUCGAUCAGGUUCAAGUCCGGGCUCUGGCUGGGCCACUCAAGGACAUUCAGAGACUUGUCCCAAAUGCCAAGCGUCACGUCUGGAGGAAACCUGACAACAUCCCUACAGUGAAGCAUGGUGGUGGCAGCAUCAUGCUGUGGGGAUGUUUUUCAGCGUCAGGGACUGGGAGACUAGUCAGGAUCGAGGGACAGAGAGAUCCUUGAUGAAAACCUGCUCCAGAGCGCUCAGGACCUCAGACUGGGGCGAAGGUUCACCUUCCAACAGGACAACGACCCUAAGCACACAGCCAAGACAAUGCAGGAGUGGCUUCGGGACAAGUCUCUGAAUGUCCUUGAGUGGCCCAGCCAGAGCCCGGACUUGAACCUGAUCAAACAUCUCUGGAGAGACCUGAAAAUAGCUGUGCAGUGAUGCUCCCCAUCCAACCUGUCAGAGCUUGAGAGGAUCUGCAUAGAAGAAUGGGAGAAACUCCCCAAAUACAGGUGUGCCAAGCUUGUAGUGUCAUACCCAAGAAGAAUCGAUGCUCUUAUUGAUGCCAAAGGUGCUUCAACAAAGUACUGAGUAAAGGGACUGAAAACACUUCUAAAAACCUGUUUUUGCUUUGUCAUUAUGGGGUAUUUUGUGUAGAAUGAUGAGGGGAAAAAAAACAAUUUAAUCAAUUUUAGAAUAAGGCUGAAAUGUAACAAAAUGUGGAAAAAGUCAAGGGGUCUGAAUACUUUCCGAAUGCGCAGUACACAUGGCUGGAAUGCUGUUUCAGCCUUCAGCAUCCAGGACCCAAACUAGCCAGUUUAUAAUAAAUAUAAAUGCAAUGCUCUGCAGAAUCACUGAUAACUGACGUCUCACUAUGGAAUCACGCUCAGUGGAUUUACACAGCGCCUCCAACGUGUGUAUGUGUGUGUUUGUGUGUGUGUCAACUGAUCCGUCAGGUUGUAUUUAGCUACUCUGACCUUCUCAGCACUUCUCUGUAAAGGUCAUGAUGUACACACACACACCACACACACACACACACACACACACACACACACACACACACACACACACACACACACACACACACACCACACACACACCAAAGUGUCCAAAACAUCAUUGGAGCUUUACUGCAUUAAUGAGUCAGUUCCAACGGGUGGGCUUUAGUCAUGAUAGUAAAUAGUUUACUGCAUUAACGAGUCAGUUCCAACGGGUGGGCUUUAGUCAUGGUAGUAAAUAGUUUACUGCAUUAACGAGUCAGUUCCAACGGGUGGGCUUUAGUCAUGGUAGUAAAUAGUUUACUGCAUUAACGAGUCAGUUCCAACGGGUGGGCUUUAGUCAUGGUAGUAAAUAUUUACUGCAAUUAACGAGUCAGUUCCAACGGGUGUGCUUUAGUCAAUGGAGUAAUAUUUUACUGCAGUUAACGAGUCAGUUUCCAACGGUGUGCUUUAGUCAUGUAGUAAAGAGUUUAAACUGCAUUAACGAGUCAGUUCCAACGGGUGGGCUUUAGUCAUGUUAUAAUAGUUUACUGCAAUUAUAACGAGUCAUUUUUCCAACGGGCUUUGCUUUAGUCAUGGUAUAAUCGUUUCUGCAGUUAAUGAGUCAGUUCCACGGUGGGCUUUAGUCAUGUUAGAAAUAGUUUACUGUCAUUAACGAGUUCAGUUCCAACGGGUGGCUUUUAGUCAUGGUAGUAAAUAGUUUAACUGCAUUACUGAGUCAGUUCCAACGGGUGUGCUUUAGUCAUAGGGUAGUAAUAGUUUAACUCAUUAACGAGUCGUUCCACGUGUGGGCUUUAGUCAUUGUAGUAAAUAGUUUACUGCUUAAUGAGUAUUUCCAACGGGUGGGCUUUAGUCAUGGUAGUAAAUAGUUGACUCAUUAACGAGUCAGUUCCACGGGUGGGCUUUAUCAUGGUAGUAAAUAGUUUACUGCAUUAAUGAGUCAGUUCCAACGGUGGGCUUUAGUCAUGGUAGUAAAAUAGUUUACUGCAUUAAUGAGUCAGUUCCAACGGGUGGGCUUUAGUCAUGGUAGUAAAUAGUUUACUGCAUUAAUGAGUCAGUUACAACGGGUGGGCUUUAGUCAUGGUAGUAAAUAGUUUACUGCAUUAAUGAGUCAGUUCCAACGGGUGGGCUUUAGUCAUGGUAGUAAAUAGUUUACUGCAUUAACGAGUCAGUUCCAACGGGUGGGCUUUAGUCAUGGUAGUAAAUAGUUUACUGCAUUAACGAGUCAGUUCCAACGGGUGGGCUUUAGUCAUGGUAGUAAAUAGUUUACUGCAUUAAGAUCAGUUCCAACGGGUGGGCUUUAGUCAUGGUAGUAAUAUUUACUCUGCAUUACGAGUCGUUUCCAACGGGUGGGCUUUAGUCAUGUAGUAAAUAGUUUACUGCAUAUGAGUCAGUUCCAACGGGUGGGCUUUAGUCAUGGUAGUAAAUAGUUUACUGCAUUAUGAGUCAGUUCCAACGGGUGGGCUUUAGGUCAUGGUAGUAAAUAGUUUUUACUGCAUCGAUUCAGUUCCAACGGUUGGUCUUUAGUUCCUGGGAGUAAAUAUUUUACUGCAUUAACGAUCAGUUCCAACGGGUGUGCUUUAGUCAUGUUAUCAAAUAUUUUACUGCAUUAAUGAUUCAUUUCAACGGGUUGGCUUAUUCAGGUAGUAAUAGUUUACUGCAUUAACGAUUCAGUUCCAACGGGUGGGCUUUAGUCAUGGUAUAAAUAGUUUUACUUCAAUUAAUGAGUCAGUUUCCACGGUUGGGCUUAGUCAUGGUAGUAUAUUACUGCAUUAAACGCGCCUUUCCAAGGGUUGGGCUUUAGCCAUGGUAGUAAAUAGGUUUACUGCAUAACGAGUCGUCCAACGGUGGGCUUUAAGGUCAUGGUAGUCAAAAAUAGUUUUUUGUUUUUUUUUAUUUUUACUGCAUUAAACAAGUCAGUUCACCACGGUGGGCUUUAUUCUGGUAGUAAAAUGUUUCCGGCAUAAUGAGUCGUUCCAACGGUGGGCUUUAGUCAUGGUAUCAAAUAGUUUCUGCAUUAAUGAGCCAGUUCCAACGGGUGGGCUUUAGUCAUGUAGUAAUAUUUUACUGCAUUAACGAUUCAGUUUCCAACGGUGGGCUUUAUCAUGGUAGGAAAUAGUUUUUUACUGCAGGAAUGAGUCAGUUCCAAACGGGUGGCUUUAGUCAUGAUAGUAAAUAGUUUACUGCAUGAACGAGUCCGUUCCCCAACGGUUGGGCUUUAGUCAUGUUAGUAAAUAGUUUACUGCAUUAAUGAGUUCAGUUCCAACGGUGGGCUUUAGCUUAUGUUAGUAAAUAGUUUACUGCAUUAACGAUUCAUUCCCAACGGGGUGGGGCUUUAGUCAUGGUAAGUAAAUCGUUUACUGCAUUAAUGAGUCGUUCAACGGGUGGGCUUUAGUCAUUGUAGUAAAUAGUUUUACUGCAUUAAUCAGUCCUUCCAACGGGGGGGCUUUAGUCAUUCUAGUAAAUAGUUUACUGCAUUAACGAGUCAUUUCCAACGGGUGGGCUUUAGUCAUGGUAGUAAUAGUUUACUGCAUUAACGAGUCAUUCCAACGGGUGGGCUUAGUCAUGGUAGUAAAUAGUUUACUGCAUUAACGAGUCAUUCCAACGGGGUGGGCUUAGUCAUGGUAGUAAAUAGUUUACUGCUUACGAGUCAGUUCCAACGGGUGGGGCUUUAGUCAUGGUAGUAAAUAGUUUACUGCAUUAACGAGUCAGUUCCAACGGGUGGGCUUUAUCAUGUAGUAAAAUAGUUUACUGCAUUACGAGUCAGUUCCAACGGGUGGGCUUUAGUCAUGGUAGUAAAUAGUUUACUGCAUUAACGAGUCAGUUCCAACGGGUGGGCUUUAGUCAUGGUAGUAAAUAGUUUUACUGCAUUAAGAGUCAGUUCCAACGGGUGGGCUUUAGUUCAUGUGUAGUAAAUAGUUUACCUGCAUUAACGAGUCAUUCCAACGGGUGGGCUUUAGUCAUGGUAAGUAAAUAGUUUACUGCAUUAACGAGUCAGUUCCAACGGGUGGGCGUUAGUCAUGGUAGUAAAUAGUUACUGCAUUAACGGUCAGUUUCCAAACGGUGGGCUUUAGUCAUGGUAUAAAGUAUUUUUUCUGCAUAACGAGUAGUUCCCAACGGGUGGGCUUUAUUCAUGUUGUAAAUAUUUACUGCAUUAAUGAUUCAGUUCCAACGGGUGGUCUUUAGUCAUGAUGGUAAAUAGUUUUUACUGCAUUAACGAGUACGUUUUCCGGGUGGGCUUUAGAGUCAUGUUAGUAAAUGUGUGACUGCAUAACGGUCAGUUCCAACGGGUUGGCUUUUAGUCAUGUUUUAAAUAGUUUUACUGCAUUAACGAGUCAGUUCCAACGGGUGGGCUUUAGUCAUGGUAGUAUAGUUUACCUGCAUUAAUGAGUCGUUUCCAACGGGUUGGGCUUUAGUCAUGGUAGUAAAUAGUUUACGCAAUUAAUGAGUCAUUUUCCAACGGGUGGGCUUUAGUCAUGGGUAGGAAAGUUUACUUCAUUAAUGAAAGUCGUUCCAACGGUGGGCCUUUAGUCAUGUUAGUACUAUUUUACUGCAUUAAGAGUCCGUUCCAACGUGUGUGCUUUAAUCAUGGUAGUAAUAGUUUACUGCAUUAAUGAGUCCGUUUCCACCGGGUGGGCUUAGUCAUGUUGUUAAAUAUUACUCUGCUAACGAGUCAUUUCCAACUGGUGGGCUUUAGUCAUGUUUAGUAAUAGUUUACUGCAUAACGGUCGUUCCAACGGUGGGCUUUAGUCAUGUAGAAAUGUUUACUGGCAUUAUGAUCAGUUUCCAACGGGUGGGCUUUAGUCAUGUUUAGUAACUAGUUUUCUGCAUUAACGAGUCAGUUCCAACGGGUUGGUUUAGUCAUGGUAGUAAAUAGUUUUUACUGCAUUAAGAGUCAGUUCCAUCGGGGGCUUUAUCAUGUUAGUAAAUAUUUUACUGCAUUAAUGAGUCAGUUCCCACGGGUGGCUUUAGUCAUGGUAGUAUGUUUUAUGCAUUAAGGAGUCAGGUCCACGGGUGGCGUUAGUCAUGUUAGUAAAUAGUUUAUUCAUUAACGAGUCAGUUUCCAACGGGUGGGCUUUAGUCAUGGUCUUAAAUAGUUUACUGCCGUAAUGCAUCAUUUCCAACGGGUGGGCGUUAUCCCUGGUAGUAAAUGUUUACUGUCUUAAGGAUUCGUUAAUAAGCGGGUGGGCUUAGUCAUGUAGUAAUAGUUUUACUGCAUUAACAAGUCAUUUCCAAAACGGGUGGGCUUUAUUCAUUAGUAAAUAGUUUACUGCAUUAACGAUUCAGUUCCACGUGUGGGCUGUAGUCAUGUUUAGUAAAUAGUUUACUGCAUUAAUGAUCAUUCCAACGGGUGGGCUUUUAGCAUUUAGGUAAAUAGUUUUACUGCAAUUUAACGAUUCAUUUCCAACGGUGGGCUUUCGAUGGUAGUAAAUAGUUACUGCAUUAAUUGAUCAUUUCCAACGGGUGGGCUUAUUCAUGGUAGUAAAUAGUUUACUGCAUUAAUGAGUCAGUUUUCCACGGGUGGGCUUUAGUCAUGUUAGUAAUAGUUUUACUGCAUUAACGGUCAGUUCCAACUGGUGGGCUUUAGUCAUGUUAGUAAAUAUUUACUGCAUUAACGAGUCAGUUCCAAACGGGUGUGCUUUAGUCAUGUUAGUAAAUAGUUUUACUGCAUUAACGAGUCAGUUUUCAACGGUGGGGGCUUUAGUCAUGUAGUAAUAGUUUUACUGCAUUAAACGAGUCAGUUUCCAACGGGUUGGGCUUUAGUCAUGUUAGUAAAUAGUUUACUGCAUUAACGAGUCAGUUCCAACGGGUGGGCUUUAGUCAUGUUAGUAAAUAGUUUACCUGCAUUAACGAGUCAGUUCCAAACGUGGUGGGCCUUUAGUCAUGGUUAGUAAAUAGUUUACUGCAUUAAUGAGUCAGUUCCAACGGGUGGGCUUUAUCAUGUUAGUAAAUAGUUUUACUGCAUUAAUGAGUCAGUUUCCAACGGGUGGGCUUUAGUCAUGUUAGUAAAUAGUUUAACUGCAUUAAUGAGUCAGUUCCAACGGGUGGGCUUAGUCAUGGUUAGUAAAUAGUUUUACUGCAUUAAUGAGUCAGUUUCCACCGGGUGGGCUUUAGUCAUGUUAGUAAAUAGUUUACUGCAUUAACGAGUCAGUUUCCAAACAGGGUGGGCUUUAGUCAUGGUAGUAAAUAGUUUACUGCAUUAACGAGUCAGUCCAACGGGUGGGUUAGUCAUGGAGUAAAUAAGUUUACUGCAUUAUAACGUUCAUUCCAACUGGUUGUGCUUUAGUCAUUAUAAUAGUUGACUGCAUUAAUAUCAGUUCCAACUUGGUGGGCUUAGUCAUGUUAGUAAAUAUUUUACUGCCUUACCGAGUCCGUUCCAACGGUUGGGGGGCUUUAGUCAGUUAGUAAAUAGUUUCCUGCAUUAACGAGCAGUUUCCAACGUGUGGCUUUCAGUUCAUGUUGUAAAUCGUUGCGCCUUAACCGAGUCAGUUCCAACGGUUGGGCUUUAGUCAUGUUAGUAAAUAGUUUACUGCAUUACGAUCAGUUUUGCAAACGGGUUGGCUUUAGUCAUGGUAUUACAUAGUUUACGGGAUUAACGAGUCCAGUUCCAACGGGUGGGCUUUAGUCAGUGUUAGUAAUAGUUUACUGCAUUAACGAGUCAGUUUCCAACGGGUGUGCUUUAGUCAUGGUAGUAAAAGUUUACUGCUAACAGUCAGUUCCAACGUUGGUUGGGGGGGGGGGGGGCUUUAUUCAUGUUAGUAAAUCAGUUUACUGCAUUAAUGAGUCAGUUCCAACGGGUGGGCUUUAAGUCAUGUUAUAAAUAAGUUUACUGCAUUAAAUGGAUCAGUUCCAACGGUGGGGCUUUAGUCUGUUAGUAAAUAGUUUACUGCAUUAAUGAGUCAGUUUCACAACGGGUGGGCUGUAUCAUGGUAGAAAUAGUUUUACUAUAAGGGGGGGCAUUAAUGAGCAGUUAUAACGGGUUGGGCUUAGUCAUGUUAGUAAAUAGUUUUAUGCAUUAAUGAGUCAUUUCCAACAUGUGGGCGUUAUUCAGGUAUAAAUGUUUGACUGCAUUAACGGUCGUUCACGGGUGGGCGUUAGUCAUGGUGAGUAAUAGUUUCCUGCAUUACAUGAGUCAGUUUUCCAACUGUGGGCUUUAGUCAUGUGAGUAUAUUUUACUCUGCAUUAACGAGUCAGUUAUCACGGUGGGCCUUAGUCAUGGAGUAACUAUUUUACUGCAUUAAGAGUAGUUCCACCGGGGGGGCUUUAGUCAUGUUAGUACAUAGUUUACUGCAUUACCGAGUUCAAGUUCCAACGGUUGGGCUUAGUCAUGGGAGUAAUAGUUUUACUUCAUUAACGAUCGUUCCAACGGGUGGGCUUUAUUCAUGGUAGUAAAUAGUUUUACUUACUGCAUUAAUAGUCAGUUUCCAACGGGUGGGCUUUAGUCAUGUUAGUAAAUAGUUUACUGCAUUAACGAGUCAGUUCCAACGGGUGGGCUUUAGUCAUGUUAGUAAAUAGUUUUGACACAGAGUUGCAGCACUCAAAUCUGCUCCCGGCGAGCAUGUGCAAUACACAGACAGACGCAGGUUACACACACACACAACACAGACACACCGCACCACAGACACACACACACACAGACGCAGGUUACACACACAGAACACACACACACACACAGACGCAGGUUACACACAGACACACACAGACGCAGGUUACAGACACACACACACACAGACGCAGGUUACACACACACACACACACACAGACGCAGGUUACACACACACAGACGCAGGUUACACACACACAGACGCACACACACAGACACACACACACACACACACACACGCAGGUUACACACACACACAGACACACACGCAGGUUACACACACAGACACACACACACAGACACACACAGACAGUGUACUAAUAUAUGUCUUGGUGUGUGUCGUAGUGGUAGAGAAGGUGGACUAUGUGUUUGCUGAGAAUGGAUUGGUGGCCUAUAAGAAUGGACAGCUGGUAGCAGUACAGGUGAGACCCUGACCCUUGAUGCUCCACAUGUGGUUUAUUGACAAACAUGGACACGUUGUAGUCACUGGUUGUUUCAGAGUAUCCAUGGCUGUGAUUGGUUGUUUCAGAGUAUCCAUGGCUGUGAUUGGUUGUUUCAGAGUAUCCAUGGCUGUGAUUGGUUGUUUCAGAGUAUCCAGGCGUACAUGGGGGAGGAUCUUAUUCAAGACUUCAUCAACUUCUGUCUCAACUACCUGUCCAAGAUAACACUACCCAGGAAGAGGUACACUCACUCUCACUCACACUCACACACAUUCACCCCAUCUCUCUCACACACUCACAUACAUUCACCCCAUCUCUCUCUCUCUCUCACUCACACUCACACACAUUCACCCCAUCUCUCUCUCUGUCUCUCUCUCUCUGUCUCUCUCUCUUUCUCUCUCCUCAGGGGGACGUUUAUAGAGUUCCGUAAUGGGAUGCUGAACGUGUCACCUGUGGGGCGGAGCUGCAGUCAGGAGGAGAGGAUAGAGUUCUACCAGCUGGACCAAGUAUGGAGGGAUGCUGUCUGCCUGCCUGCCUGUCUGUCUGUCUGCCUCCCUGCCUGCCUGCCUCCCUGCCUGCCUGCCUGCCUCUCUGUCUACCUACCUACCUGCCUGCCUGUCUGCCUGCCUGCCUGCCUGCCUGCCUGCCUGUCUGCCUGCCUGUCUGUCUGUCUGUCUGUCUGUCUGCCUGCCUGCCUGCCUCUCUGUCUGCCUGCCUGCCUCCCUGCCUGCCUGUCUGCCUCUCUGUCUGCCUGCCUGCCUCCCUGCCUGCCUGCCUGCCUGUCUGCCUCUCUGUCUGCCUGCCUGCCUGCCUGCCUGUCUGUCUGUCUGCCUGUCUACCUCCCUGCCUGCCUGCCUGCCUGUCUGCCUCUCUGUCUGCCUGCCUGCCUGUCUGUCUGUCUGCCUGCCUGCCUGCCUGUCUACCUGCCUGCCUGCCUGCCUGCCUGCCUGCCUGCCUGUCUGUCUGUCCUGUCUGUCUGUCUGUCUGUCUGCCUGCCUGCCUGCCUCUCUGUCUGCCUGCCUGCCUCCCUGCCUGCCUGCCUGCCUGUCUGCCUCUCUGUCUGCCUGCCUGCCUCCCUGCCUGCCUGCCUGCCUGUCUGCCUCUCUGUCUGCUGCCUGCCUGCUGCCUGUCUGUCUGUCUGCCCUGUCUCCCCCUGCCUCCCUGCCUGCCCUGCCUGCCUUUCUGCCUCUCUGUCUGCCUGCCUGCCUGUCUGUCUGCCGCCUGUCUACCUGCCUGCCUGCCUGCCCUGCCUGCCUCUCUGUCCUGCCUGCCUGCCCUCCCUGCCUGUCUGUCUGCCUGCCUGCCUGUCUGCCGCCUGUCCUGCCCCUGCUGCCCUGCCUGUCUGUCUGCCUGCCUGUCUGUCUGUUCUGUCCUGCCUGCCUUCUGCCUGCCCUGGCUGCCUGCCAUGUCUGUCCUGUUCUUCUGUCUGUCUGUCCUGUCCGCCUGUCUGUCUGCCUUGUCUGCCUGCCUCCUCUGUCUGUCUGUCUGUUUCUGUCCUGCCUGCCCGUCUGUCUUGCCUGCCACCUGCCUGUCUGCCUGUCGUCUGUCUGUCUGUCUUGCCUCCCCUGCCUGCCUCCCGCCUUGCCUGUCUGUCCUGUUCUGUCUGCCUGUCUGUCUGCCUUCUGCCUGCCUAGCCUGCCUGUCUGCCUGCCUGUCUGUCUUCUGUCUUCUGUCCGUCUGGCUCCUACCUCACCUGCCUGCCUGUCCUCCUCCUGCCUGCCUGCCUGUCUGUCCCCCUGCCUUCCUGUCUGCCUGUCUACCUGCCUGCCUGCUGCUGGCCUGUCUGCCCUGUCUGGCUGCCGGUCUGUCGUCUGUCUGUCUGUCUGUCUCUGCCUUUGCUGUCUGCCCUGUCGUCUGCCCUGUCGCCUGCUCGCUGUCUGUCUUCUGUCCUGUUCUGCUGUCCCCUGCCUGCCUACCUGCCUGUCUGCCUGCCUGUCUGUCUGUCCGGUCUGUCUGUCUGUCUGCCUCCCUGCCUGCACUCCCUGCCUGCCCUGCCUGCCCUGCCUGCUUCCUGCCCUGUCUGCCUGUCCUGCCUUCUGUCCUGCCUGUCCUCUCUGUCUGCCUGCCUACCUCUGCCUGUCUGCUGCCCUGUUCUUCCUGUCUGUCUGGCUUCUGUCUACCUACCCUACCUGCCUGCCUGUCUGCCUGCCCGCCUGCCUGCCCUGUCCUGUCGCCUGUCUUUCCUGUCUGUCUGUCUGUCCUGUCUGUCUGUCGGUCUUCUGUCUGUCUGUCUGCCUGGCCUGCCCUGCCUCCCUGCCUAGCCUGCGCUGCCUCUCUGUCUACCUACCGACCUGCCUGCCUGUCUGCCUGCCUGCCGCCUCCUGUCUUGUCGCCUGUCCUGGGCCUGUCUGUCUGCCUGCCUGUCUGUCUGUCUGUCUGUCUGUCCUGUCCCUGUCCUGUCUGUCUGUCUGUCUGUCUGUCCUGUCUGUCUGUUCUUCAUCUGUCAUGCCUGCCUACCCUGGCCUGCCUGUCUGUCUGUCUGUCUGUCUGUUCCUGUCUGUCCUUCUGUCUGUCUGCUGUCCAUGUCUGUCUGCCUGCCUUCCCUCUCGUGUCUGCUGCCUGCCUCCCUGCCGUGCCUGCCUGCCUGUCUCCUCUCGUCUGCCUGGCCUGCCUCCCUGCCUGCCCCGCCUUCCUGCCUGCCUUGCCUGUCUGUCUGUCCUGCCUGUCUACCUCCCCUGCCUGCCUUCUGCCUGUCUGCUCUUCUCUGUCUGCCUGCCUGCCUGCCUCUCUGUCUGUCCUGCCCUGCCCUGCCUGCCUGUCUGUCUGUCUACCUGCCUGCCUGCCUGCCUGCUUCCCCUCUCUGUCUGCCUGCCUGCCUCCCUGCCUGUCCCUGUCCUGCCUGCCUGCCUGUCUGUCUGCACUGUCGGUCCUGCCUGCCGCCUGCCUGCCGACCUGCCUGUCUGUCCUGCCCUGCCUGUCCUGUCUGUCUUUCCUGUCUGUCUGUCCCUGCCUGCCUGCCUGCUGCCUGCCUGGCUGCCUACUCCUUUCUGUCUUCCUGCCUGCCGUCUGUCUGCCUGUCUGCUGCCUACCUUCCUGUCCCUGCCUGUUCGUCGUCUAUCUGUCCUGCCUGUCUUCUGCCUGUCCUGCCCUGCCUCUCGUCUGGGCCUGUCUGCCUGCCUCUCUGUCUGUCUGUUCGUCCCUGCCUGUCUGCCUGUCUGUCUGCCUGUCUCCUGCCUCUCACUCUGUCUGUCUGUCUGUCCUGCCUGUCUGCUGCUCUCUGUCUGUCUGCUGCCUGUCUGCCUGUCGCCUGUCCCGUCUGCCUUCUGGCCCUGCCUCUCUGUCUGUCUGUCUGCUGUCCUGCCUGCCUUGUCGUCUGUCCUGUCUGUCCCUGCCUUUCGCCUUCCUGCCUGUGUCUUAGAUCACUUUGAUUGACAGCUGUCUCUCAACAGAAAGAACGAAUCAGAGAGAAGUUUGUUGCCGUUCUUCAGGAGGAGUUUAAAGGCAAAGGACUGACCUUCUCUAUAGGUGAGUCUGACCUAUAACCCCUGACCUCUAACCCUAAGGAGGUCUCUAUAGGUGAGUCUGACCUAUAACCCCUGACCUCUAACCCUAAGGACUUCUCUAUAGGUGAGUCUGACCUAUAACCCCUGACCUCUAACCCUAAGGACUUCUCUAUAGGUGAGUCUGACCUAUAACCCCUGACCUCUAACCCUAAGGACUUCUCUAUAGUGAGUCUGACCUAUAACCCCUGACCUCUAACCCUAAGACUUCUCUAUAAGGGGUCUGACCUAUACCCCUGACCUCAACCCUAAUGACGCGCCUAUAGGUGAGUCUGACCUAUAACCCCUGACCUCUAAAACCCUCAGGACUUCCUCUAUAGUGAGUCCUGACCUAUAACCCCGACCUCUAACCCGUAAGGACUUCUCUAUAGGUGGAGUCUGACCUAUAAACCCCUGACCUCUACCCUAAGGACUUUCUCUAUAGAUGAGUCUGACCUAUAACCCCUGACCUCUACCUCUAACCCUAGACUUCUCUAUAGGUGAGUCUGACCUAUAACCCCUGACCUCUAACCCUAAGGACUUCUCUAUAGGUGAGUCUGACCUAUAACCCCUGACCUCUAACCCUAAGGACUUCUCUAUAGGUGAGUCUGACCUAUAGACCCCUAGACCUCUAACCCUAAGUGAUUCUCUAUAGGUGAGUCUUACCUACAAACAAAAACCUACCCCUGACCCUCUAACCAGAAGGACGUCUCUUAGGGAUCUGACCUAUACCCUGACUCUAACCCUAGGACUUCCCUAUAGGUGAGUCUGACCUUAACCACUACCUCGACCCUAAGGGACUUCUCUAUGGUGAGUCGACCUAUAACCCCUGACCUCUAACCCUUAAGGUACGUCUCUAUAGGUGAGUCCUGACCAUAACCCCUGACCUCUAACCCUAAGGACUUCUCUAUGGGUGAGUCUGAACCUAGCACCCAAUCCCCUGCCUCUAACCCUAAGGACCGUCUCUAUAAGUGAGUCUGCCUAUAACCCCUGCACCUCUAACCCUAUGACUUCUCUGAUAGGUGAGUCCUGACCUUAAAACCCCUGACUCUAACCUAAGUACUUCUCUUAAGAGCGAAGAUACCUAGAUAGUUGAUCUUACCUCUAACCCCUUACCUCUAACCCUAAGGACUUCUCUAUAGUGAGUCUGACCUAAUAACGCCCUGACCGCUAACCCAAGGAUCUUCUCUAUAGGUGAGUCUGACCCUGCCUCUAACUUCCUAAGGACUUCUCUAUAGGUGAGUCUGACCUAUAACCCCCUGACCUCUACCCUAAAGGACUUCUCUAUAGGUGAGUCUGACCUAUAACCGCCCUGACCUCUACCCUACGCUCUCUAUCGUGAGUCUGACCUAUAACCCCCUGACUCUAACCCUAAUGACUUCUCUAUAGGUGAGUCUUACCCCUAUAACCCCUGACCUCUAAAACCUAAGGACUUCCUCUUAUAGUGAGUCUGACCUAUCACCCCUACCUCUAACCCUAGGAACUUCUCUAUUAGGUGAUUCUUGACUUAACCCCUGACCUCUAACCCUAAGGACUUCUCUUAGGUGACUGUACCUAUAACGACCCCUGACCUCUACCUAAGGACGUCUUCUAUAGGUGAGUCUGACCUAUCAACCCCUGACCUCUAACCCUAGGACUAUCUACAUAGGUGAUCUGACUAUAACCCUGACCCUAAACCCUAAGACUUCUCUAUAGUGAGUCUGACCUAUAAACCCCUGACCUUACCUAAGGACUUCUCGAUAGGUGAGUCUGACCUAUCCCCUUACCUCUAACCCUAAGGACUUCUCUAUAUUGAGUCUGCCCCUGACCUCGAACCUAAGGACUUCGCUAUCGGUGAUUCUGACCUAUAACCCCACCUCUAACCCCUAAGGACGUCUCUAUAGGUGAGUCUGACCUAUAACCCCUAAACACCCCUGACCUCUAACCCUAAGGACUUCUCUUAUGUGAAGUCCUGCCUAUAACCAACCCCUGACGUCUAACCUAAGGACUUCCUAUAGGUGAGUCUGACCCUGACCUCUAACCCUAAGGACUUUUUUCUCUAAGGUGAGUCUGACCUAUAACCCCUGACCCAUCUAACCUAAGGACUCCCCUCUAUAGGUGAGCUGACCUAUAACCCCUGACUCUAACCCUAAGGACUUCUCUAUAGGUUUGAAGUCUGACCUAUAACCCCUGAACCGCUAUGACCCCGAAGGACUCCUCUAUAGGUGAGUCGGACCUAUAACCCCUGACCUCCCACCCCCACCCCUCCCUCCUCUAGCCCACCCCACCCUCUCUCUAUCCCACCCCACCCUCUCUCUAUCCCCACCCACCCUCCUCUAUCCCACCCCCCACCCCCCUCUCUCCCCCUCCUCUACCCUCUCCUCUCGCUCUCUCUCCCACUCCGCUUCCCUCCCCACUCCCACCCACUGUCCCCUCCCCACUCCCCAACCCCUGUCCCUCCCCCCCACUCCCCCCACCCUCUCGCCUCUCACUCCUCCCACCCCUCUCCCUUCCCCCCACCUUCUCGCAUCCUCCCUCCCUCUACCACCCCCUCUCCACCCCCUCUACUACUCCUCUAACUACCCCUCUACUACUCCUCCUCUCCACCGACUCCCUCCCCUCUCCCCCACCCCUCCCUCUCCCCCCUCCCUCUCCCCCCCCCUCCCUCUCCCCCCUCCCUCCCACCCCCCCUCCCUCCCUCCAUCCACCCCCUCUCCGCCCCCCUCUCCUCCCCCUCCCUCUCCCCCCUCCCCCCCGUCUCCCUCUCCCUCCCUCUCCCCCCUCUCUCCUUCCCUCUCCCCCCCCCUCCUCCCUCCUCCCUCCCUCCCUCUCCCCCCUCUCUCGCCCCCCUCUCCCCCCUCUCCUCCCUCUCUCCCUCCUCUCUUCUGCAUGUGGUCAGAUCAGUUUUGAUGUGUUCCCAAAGGCUGGGACAAGCGUUUACUGCUGGGCUGGUAGAGAAAAGACUCUCUAAAACCAUACACUUCUUUGGAGACAAAACUAACCUGUAAGUAGCUUAUAAUGACAACCACGUUAUAGCUUUAUAAUGACAACCACGUUAUAGCUUUAUAUGACAACCAGUUAUAGCUUUAUAAUGACAACCAGUUAUAGCUUUAUAAUGAAAACCCACGUUAUAGCUUUAAAUGACAACCACGUUAUGCUUUAAAUGACAACCAGUUAUAGCGUAUAUGACAACCACGUUAUAGCUUUAUAAAUGAACCUUAUAAUGACAACCACGUUAAGCUUUAUAAUGCAACCACGUUAUAGCUUUAUAAUGACAAACCACGUUAAGCUUUAAUAAUGACAACCACGUUUAUAGCUUUAUAAUGACAACCACGUUAUAGCUUUUAUAAUGACACACCACGUUAUAGCUUUAAAUGACAACCACGUUAUAGCUUUAUAAUGACAACCACGGUUAGCUUUAUGAUGACAACCACGUUAUAAUGACAACCACAUUAUAGCUUUAUAAUGUCAACCACGUUAUAAUGACAACCACGUUAUAGCUUUAUAAUGACAACACACGUUAUAGCUUUAUAAUGACAACCACGUUAUAAGCUUUAUAAUACAACCACGUUAAUGCUUUAUAAUGACAACCACUUAUAGCUUUAUAAUGACAACCACGUUAUAAUGACAACCAGACAAUUAUAGCUUUAUAAGAAACACUUAUAGCUUUAUAAUGACAACCACGUUAUAGCUUUAUAAUGACAACCACGUUAUAGCUUUAUAAUGACAACCACGUUAUAGCUUUAUAAUGACAACCACGUUAUAGCUUUAUGAUGACAACCACGUUAUAAUGACAAUCACGUUAUAGCUUUAUAAUGACAACCACGUUAUAGCUUUAUAAUGACAACCACGUUAUAAUGACAAUCACGUUAUAGCUUUAUAAUGACAACCACGUUAUAGCUUUAUAAUGACAACCACGUUAUAAUGACAACCACGUUAUAGCUUAAUAAUGGGCAGUGCAAAUAGUCCGGGUAGCCAUGAUUAGCUGUUCAGGAGUCUUAUGGCUUGGGGGUAGAAGCUGUUGAGAAGUCUUUUGGACCUAGACUUGGCACUCCGGUACCGCUUGCCGUGCGGUAGCAGAGAGAACAGUCUAUGACUAGGGUGGCUGGAGUCUUUGACAAUUUUGAGGGCCUUCCUCUGUCACCGCCUGGUAUAGAGGUCCUGGAUGGCGGGAAGCUUGGCCCCAGUGAUGUACUGGGCCGUACGCACUACCCUCUGUAGUGCCUUGCGGUCAGAGGCCAAGCAGUUGCCAUACCAAGCAGUGAUGCAACCAGUCAGAAUGCUCUCAAUGGUGCAGCUGUAUAACUUUUUGAGGAUCUGAGGACCCAUGCCAAAUCUUUUCAGUCUCCUGAGGGGGAAUAGGCUUUGUCGUCCCCUCUUCACGACUGUCUUGGUGUGUUUGGACCAUGAUAGUUUGUUGGUGAUGUGGACACCAAGGAACUUGAAGCUCUCAACCUGUUCCACUACAGCCCCGUCGAUGAGAAUGGGGGCGUGCUCGGUCCACUUUUUUUCCCUGUAGUCCACAAUCAUCUCCUUUGUCUUGAUCACGUUGAGGGAGAGGUUGUUGUCCUGGCACCACACGGCCAGAUCUCUGACCUCCUCCCUAUAGGCUGUCUCAUCGUUGUCGGUGAUCAGGCCUACCACUGUUGUGUCGUCAGCAAACUUAAUGAUGGUGUUGGAGUCGUGCCUGGCCAUGCAGUCAUGGGUGAACAGGGAGUACAGGAGGGGACUGAGCACGCACCCCUGAGGGGCCCCCGUGUUGAGGAUCAGUGUGGCAGAUGUGUUGUUACCUACCCUUACCACCUGGGGGCGGCCCGUCAGGAAGUCCAGGAUCCAGUUGCAGAGGGAGGUGUUUAGUCCCAGGAUCCUUAGCUUAGUGAUGAGCUUUGAGGGCACUAUGGUGUUGAAUGCUGAGCUGUAGUCAAUGAAUAGCAUUCUCACGUAGGUGUUCCUCUUGUCCAGGUGGGAAAGGGCAGUGUGGAGUGCAAUAGAGAUUGCAUCUGUGGAUCUGUUGGGGCGGUAUGCAAAUUGGAGUGGGUCUAGGGUUUCUGGGAUAAUGGUGUUGAUGUGAGCCAUGACCAGCCUUUCAAAGCACUUCAUGGCUACAGACGUCAGUGCUACGGGUCGGUAGUCAUUUAGGCAGGUUAUCUUAGUGUCCUUGGGCACGGGGACUAUAGUGGUCUGCUUGAAACAUGUUGGUAUUACAGACUCAGUCAGGGACAUGUUGAAAAUGUCAGUGAAGACACUUGCCAGUUGGUCAGCAUAUGCUCGGAGUACACAUCCUGGUAAUCCAUCUGGCCCUGCGGCCUUGUGAAUGUUGACCUGCUUAAAAGUCUUACUCACAUCGGCUACGGAGAGCGUGAUCACACAGUCGUCCGGAACAGCUGGUGCUCUCAUGCAUGCUUCAGUGUUGCUUGCCUCGAAGCGAGCAUAGAAGUGGUUUAGCUCGUCUGGAAGUCUUGUUUUUACAUUUACAUUUUACGUCAUUUAGCAGACGCUCUUAUCCAGAGCGACUUACAGUUAGUGAAUACAUUUUUUUUUUUUAUACUGGCCCCCCGUGGGAAACGAACCCACAACCCUGGCGUUGCAAACGCCAUGCUCUAUCAACUGAGCUACAUCCCUGCUGGCCAUUCCCUCCCCUACCCUGGACGACGCUGGGCCAAUUGUGCGCCGCCCAUGAGUCUCCCGGUUGCGGCCGGCUGCGACAGAGCCUGGAUUCGAACCAGGAUCUCUAGUGGCACAGUUAGCACUGCGAUGCAGUGCCUUAGACCACUGCGCCACUCAGGAGUAUGUCACUGGGCAGCUCGCGGCUGUGCUUCCCUUUGUAGUCUGUAAUAGUUUUCAAGCCCUGCCACAUCCGACGAGCGUCAGAGCUGCUGUAAUAUGAUAUAUUAAUGUUGAUGUUGUGCUUUAGGGAGGAAACGAUAUGAUAUAUUAAUGUUGAUGUUGUGCUUUAGGGAGGAAACGAUAUGAUAUAUUAAUGUUGAUGUUGUGCUUUAGGAAGGAAACAAUAUGAUGUAUUAAUGUUGUGCUUUAGGGAGGAAACGAUAUGAUGUAUUAAUGUUGAUGUUGUGCUUUAGGGAGGAAACGAUAUGAUAUAUUAAUGUUGAUGUUGUGCUUUAGGGAGGAAACGAUAUGAUAUAUUAAUGUUGAUGUUGUGCUUUAGGGAGGAAACGAUAUGAUAUAUUAAUGUUGUGCUUUAGGGAGGAAACGAUAUGAUAUAUUAAUGUUGAUGUUGUGCUUUAGGGAGGAAACGAUAUGAUAUAUUAAUGUUGAUGUUGUGCUUUAGGGAGGAAACGAUAUGAUAUAUUAAUGUUGAUGUUGUGCUUUAGGGAGGAAACGAUAUGAUAUAUUAAUGUUGAUGUUGUGCUUUAGGGAGGAAACGAUAUGAUAUAUUAAUGUUGAUGUUGUGCUUUAGGGAGGAAACGAUAUGAUGUAUUAAUGUUGAUGUUGUGCUUUAGGGAGGAAACAAUAUGAUAUAUUAAUGUUGAUGUUGUGCUUUAGGGAGGAAACGAUAUGAUAUAUUAAUGUUGAUGUUGUGCUUUAGGGAGGAAACGAUAUGAUAUAUUAAUGUUGAUGUUGUGCUUUAGGUAGGAAACGAUAUGAUAUAUUAAUGUUGAUGUUGUGCUUUAGGGAGGAAACGAUAUGAUAUAUUAAUGUUGAUGUUGUGCUUUAGGGAGGAAACAAUAUGAUAUAUUAAUGUUGUGCUUUAGGGAGGAAACGAUAUGAUAUAUUAAUGUUGAUGUUGUGCUUUAGGGAGGAAACGAUAUGAUAUAUUAAUGUUGAUGUUGUGCUUUAGGGAGGAAACAAUAUGAUGUAUUAAUGUUGUGCUUUAGGGAGGAAACAAUAUGAUAUAUUAAUGUUGUGUUUUAGGGAGGAAACGACUAUGAUAUAUUAAUGUUGAUGCUGUGUUUUAGGGAGGAAACGAUAUGAUAUAUUAAUGUUGAUGUUGUGCUUUAGGGAGGAAACGACUAUGAUAUAUUAAUGUUGAUGUUGUGUUUUAGGGAGGAAACGAUAUGAUAUAUUAAAGUUGAUGCUGUGUUUUAGGGAGGAAACGACUAUGAGAUCUAUGCAGAUCCCAGAACCAUCGGACAUGAAGUCACCUGCCCUGAAGAUACACAACGCAUCUGUCAAGACCUGUUCUUCCACUGACACACAACAGGGAUUAUAUUUCUAAAGUGCCAAAGGGACAGCCUCUCUUCCUGCCCUACCAUGUGAUCAGGUGACCAUCAGGGCUAUUAUGGAAUUCUGGGUAAUGAUUCAUUGUCAUGCACAUGGCCACGUUUGUCAUAGUUGUCAUUUUUGAUAACUUGAAAAAAUGCAUCUUUGAAAGUUAGCUUGGCAUGACCUAAUGCAUAUCUGAAAGUUAGCUUGGAGUGACCUAAUGCAUACAACACCGCUUUGGUGACACCUCUGUUUAGAAAACAAAUGGUUUUGUCCACUGGGAACUUUGUUAUUAUAAACCAUUGUAUGGUAGUUAUGUUUUUCAAUAAACACCUUAGAAAACA